GUCCUUUUCGGCUCUUCGGCCCUUCGGGUCUUCGGCUCGUGGGCGUUCGCUGUUGCUGGGCCCUCCGGGACCUUCCGCGGAACGCUAAAGCGUAGUUCUCGUUGGUGUAAUUUCCCCAGUUUUUUCAGCCACUUCCGGGUCUUGCGUAGCUCCGGAAGCCCGCGAGUUCCGGAAAGCUGGAUAGCUCAGAUUCUGCUAGAAAAAGUCAAGCUUUCCAGAGAAUGUUUCAGAAAAAGUUACGUGGAGCGUGGGCGUUUCGCAGACUCCUAAGCUCCUGACAAGUAUGAGGCAAGGAUUUCACAGAACUGGCAGCAAAAAUUCCCACUGCCAUAGCUGUAGACUGUCAAGUCUUGGGGGAGCAGCAGGAAGGGGAAAAAGAAACCUUCAGAGAAGACAUGGCUCCCAGAAAAGAGAAUACGAAGAGUAUAAACAGAGUGCUAAGAAUAAGUCAGUUGGAUGCACUUGAACUAAAUAAGGCCCUGGAGCAGCUGGUUUGGUCCCAGUUUACUCAGUGCUUUCAUGGAUUUAAGCCAGGCCUGUUAACCUGCUUUGAACCAGAGGUGAAAGCAUUCUUGUGGCUUUUCUUGUGGAGAUUCACCAUCUACUCCAAAAAUGCCACUGUGGGACAGUCAGUUUUGAAUAUUCAGUACAAAAACGAUUUUUCCCCUAACCAGAGAUACCAGCCACCAAGUAAAAAUCAAAAGAUCUGGUAUGCUGUUUGUACAAUUGGUGGGAGGUGGUUAGAAGAGAGAUGCUAUGAUUUGUUUCGAAACCAUCGUUUAGCAUCAUUUGGGAAAGUCAAGCAGUGUGUGAAUUUUGUGGUUGGACUUUUGAAAUUAGGUAGUUUGAUUAAUUUUUUGAUUUUCCUUCAAAGAGGAAAGUUUGCAACUUUGACAGAACGUCUCCUAGGCAUUCGUUCUGUAUUUUGUAAGCCUCAAAACAUACGCGAAGUUGGCUUUGAGUAUAUGAAUAGGGAACUUCUCUGGCAUGGUUUUGCUGAAUUUCUGAUUUUUCUCUUACCACUUAUCAAUAUCCAGAAGUUGAAAGCCAAGUUAUCUUCAUGGUGUAUCCCUUUCACUGGUGCUCCUAAUAGUGAUGAUACAUUAGUCACCAGUGGCAAAGAAUGUUCUCUAUGUGGAGAGUGGCCCACCAUGCCUCACACCAUAGGAUGUCAGCAUAUCUUCUGUUAUUACUGUGUUAAGAGUAAUUUCUUAUUUGACAUGUACUUCACUUGUCCUAAGUGUGGCACAGAGGUACACAGUCUGCAGCCACUGAAAUCAGGGAUCGAGAUGUCAGAAGUGAAUGCUCUUUAGAAACUAAAAUUGUUCCCUCUAAGGGAAAAUAUAGUAUGUUUAAGUCAUUAAUAUUGGUCAUCCUAAGUGUACCAUUUAGGUAUCUUUUAUAAGGCAUGUGCUUCUCAGCCAAUGUAUUCUGUUCCUUUCCAGGCAUGACUAAAUUCUAAUCACUGGAAACCACAUAAUUCUAAAUAUGUUAUGUAAAUAUUAAUAUAUUAUGCUUUUUAAAUAAUAGCAUUAAAUUUUUAAUGUCAAGAAUAAUGGAGAGCUUUUGUCACAUGACUAAGAACAUUCCUUCAUUUUACUACUUCCUAGAAAGAGGUCGGACUCUAAAGAAAGAUUUGGGAGACUGUGG